AUUCAAAUCAGUGUCUUCUACCAUAGUCCCUUGACUGGUGUCCUUGACAAUGUUCGGGUCGAACUGUACCGCAUUGACAGCCAUGAUGACCAACCUGAAGGAGAAGAAGCAUGCGGCAACGAUAUUCUCUUUUCUCUAAGGAAUUUGGAAAGAAGUACCGCUUCGGAAUCAACACUAAGCCUUGCCAAACUUUGGUAUCGACACUGCUCUGAGGGCCACAAAGAGUGCGCGUCUACACGAAACAAGUGGCUUCCGACUCGACUUCUGGAUGUCGGAGGGCUCGGAAGUACCGAAUGGAGGCUUAUUAUACCCGCUGAAGAUGUGCCACAGCAUGUCGAGUAUCCUCCCUACAUGACGUUGAGUUACCGAUGGGGACCAAACUCCGACCUUCUCCUUCUCUCUGAAACCAUGAUACCCUUUCUCUCAGGGCAGGCUAUCAGGGAAAUGCCACCGACAUUUCAAGGCCUGAUUACGGUGGCGCAUUAUUUCGGCUCGACACACUGCCUAUGCAUCAUGCAAGAUUCCGCUGAAGACUGGGAGAGCGAGGCGGCAUUGAUGGCAGAGGUUUAUAGCCACUCGGCUUGUAAUGUUGCUGCGGUGGACGGACAAAGCCCUCGAGAUGGUCUGUUUAGGGAUCGGGAUCCGGACCAACUGCGACACAGAAUAAUGCCUAGCAGCAUAGGCUCAUCAAAGGUAACGGACUACUAUGUUACCCGCAUGGGAUACUUUCAGCGACAACUGGACCCCGGUACCUUGAUGGAACGAGGUUGGUUCAUCGAGACAUUGACGAGGAAUAUGGAUUACUCACUGCGGAGGAGGCUAAUUAAUACAUGGGUCAGACUGGUAGGCAGGUACUCACGAUGCGAUCUCACCCGGCCCAGUGACAAAUUGGCUGCAUUCGCUGGAGUAGCCAAGUUGUUCCUCCGCGCAUCAGGAGACACCUAUCUUGCGGGAAUAUGGAAGUCAAGGAUUCUGCACGAGCUCACUUGGGUUGUCGUCCCACCUCAAGCCAGACCUGCAUGUGGCUACAGAGCCCCAUCGUGGUCUUGGGCUUCAGUGGAUGGGCCAAUCGAUAUCAGAUCACCGAAGCCACUUCAUAAGGUAGAAUAUUGGGUCAAGCUCAUUGAUGCCAGCGUUGAGAGCAUCGGGCAAGAUUCUACAGUCAGUGUCAUCGGCGGUUCGCUUACGCUAAGCGGCAUCGUCAUCAGCCGUCGAUACAUGAGGGCUGGAGAUUUUGAGAUAAUCCUGUCAGCAGACGAGUUUCCUACUGACACGACGCCUCCGAUAUCAGUGUCGGUUGACACGUUGGAUGAUCAAUUGGCUCAGUCGGGACAAGUCCAUAUUUUGCCCUUGAAGAGGGAGAGGUCUAGGAAGCGAAAUGCAGCGCGUGACGGAUUCGGCGUUGUGACAGAAACAACUGGAAUGUUGCUCAAGCCUGUCGACAUAGACACAGGCAAUGCGAAAGAAUACCGGCGAAUAGGCCUUGUCACCAGUAUGGAUGAGGAUAUUGCAGUAAUGUUGCAAUCUGCUGCUUCGAAUAGCACGAAAAAACAGGUUGUUAUCAUCUAA